UGCAGAAUUGUGUGUGUGUGUUUGAAUGUUUUCGUUCUUUCAAAUACAUUAAUGAACUUUAUGGUUGUAAUUGCUAAUUAUGAGCGGCGGUCAGGGCAGCCGGUAAAUAUAGAAGCUAUUUUGCUGUCACGGCGUCGUUAGAAAGUUUAGACUACAGGGUUCCUUUCUGCGCGCAAGUAAAAUGGUUAAAAUAUCACGAAGGAAAAGGCUGGGCCGGAAAAAGGGGAAAGCUCACUCUGCUUCACAGACUUCUCAUUCACCAAACCCAGUAAAUUGUCCUGUGGUUGAUGAUGAGCCUGUCGCUGAAGAAGUGAAUGAGUCCCCUCUGUCAGACACACCUGGAAACCUUGAGUCCACUGAUAAUGAAGGAAAAUCAUCUCCCUCUGUUUCUGUGGAAAGUACCAGCCAUCAUUUAAACUCAUCACUCUUGUCAACUCUAACAACAUCUGAACAUAGUUACUGUGCCUCUCCUGACUUUACCAAGUCUGUCAUACAUGAAGAUCCAAAGAGUGUAUCUGCUGCUGUUAAUGAUAUUUCUGUCACUGAUUUAUGGCUGCAAGUGACUGAAAAACUUAAAUUAUUUCUCUACCAUCGUUGGUUUGUUGUUGUUGACAGGGAUGCAUUACACGUUUGCUAUUACUCUGUUCAAAAUACGGUGACUGUGCAGAGAAAUUUGAAGGUUUUUGCAAGUGGAGCAGAAGAAUUGUAUGUACAUAAUCAAUUAUUAAGUCUUGAAGAAUUUACUAGAGAUUUAGAUCCCCCUCAGCCCCUUGCCAAGGACACUGUAAAUAAUUUUGUUGAUAGAAUUGCAACUAUUGUGAAUGGUAUUAGGAAAAUGGAAAUCUGUAGUGGAUACGAUGAUGUGAAAUAUCAAAAUGCUUGGUCUCAUUGUUCUCUUGGUGAGGUAGACAGAAAUCCAUUUCAAGAAUGUCGUUAUGUUGAAACAUUUAGAUCUAAUAUGUGUGUGAGACUCAUCCCCAAUCGUAAGUGGAGGUGCUGUGAAUGUGCUAAAAUGUAUAAACCACUUAAAAGAAAAAGCCAGUCUAUGGCUCAAGAAGAGGCCAAUCCACACACUAAAAAUAUUUAUCUAACUCAACAGCAAAUGUUAAAGAAGUUGCAAAAUCAACGAACAGAUCUAAACAAUGCCAAGAAAAAAAUUUAUAGACUUCAAGAAAGAAUGCAAGAGGUUUUAAGUAAGGAAGGUGUGCAAAUUGAUCAGUCAUUGUCUGAUGAUCUGCUUGAAAUUCUAGCUCAAUGUGAGUCAGUGAGUCCAGCCCAGUCAAUAUUUUUGCAACAGCAAAUCAAGGCAUCACAGUUAAAGCAUGCAGCUGGUAUGAGGUGGCACCCCACCAUGAUAAGAUUUGCACUCUCUCUUCAUUUAACAUCACCUGCUGCAUAUGAACUCAUGCGUCAAAGUGGAAUUGUUAAAUUGCCUUCAAGUUCAACUUUGUUUGAUUACUCGCAUGUUAAACCUGUUGAAGAGGGUAUAGAUAAAUUAGUAUUGGAAUCAUUGGCAGGAAGAGUAGAUGCAUUUCAGGAAAAACAUAAAAAAUUCCAUGUCCUUAUGGCCGAUGAAAUGUAUAUUUCCCAAAAUUUAGUGUUUCAGAAGUCAACUGGGAAAUUACUUGGAUACACUACUCUUGAUGAUGUUGACAAAGAAAUUAAAUGUUUAGAACAUUUACUUGAAAACCCAGAUCAAGACAUGGAACAAACCACUGCUUCAACUGUCCUUGUUUAUAUGGUGAAAGGCAUUACUAAUGGCAUCAAAGAAGUGGUUGCUACAUUUGCAACAUCCAAACUGAGUGCAAAUCAGAUGUAUAUGUGGACCUGGAAAGUUAUUGGUGCGCUGGAGAGAAGUGGAAUAGCUGUGUUAGUGUUUGUUAGUGAUGGUUCUUCUGUUAAUAGAUCUUUCAUUAAAAAAAAUAAGCCAGCAACUCAGCAUCCCAGUGGUAUUGUGUUUGAUACCUGGAAUAAGGCAACAACUGGAAGAAAAUUAUACUUCUUUGCUGACGUACCACACUUGCUGAAAACAAUAAGAAACUGUCUCCUUAAUUCAAGGUGGGACGGCAAAAAAAGUAGAAGGAAGAUGGUGAAGAAUGGAAAGAAAAUCUCGUGGGAUUUUAUUAUUAAGUUAUAUGAAGCCAAGAAGGACAAAAGUCUGAGAAAGUCCUACAAACUCAAUGCAAUGAAUGUGUACCCUGACUCAUACGCUCGAAUGAGAGUAAAACUAGCUGGCCAGGUUUUAAGUAAAACUGUAUCCACUGACUUGCGCAGUCAGGGGUGGUUUGAAGCCAGUGAAACGGCUUUGUUUCUAGAGAAGGUAAAUGACUGGUUUGAUUACUUAAAUGGGGCUCAUUCCUCUAUAGCUACUAAAACAAGAAACAAGAAUGUGGCUGCCUACACAUCAGAAACAGAUGAGAGAUUUGGCCUUAUAGAAGAUUUUUUGAAUUAUUUAGAAGAUUGGGAGAAAGAAGCACAGAACCCCAAUCAAUCAGUCAACGCUUCUAUGAUUUCCAAUGCUUCUAUAAAUAAUCUUGAUCAUGAUGAAAGUGAAAUUGAAGAUGGUGUAUUCAACCCUGAUGAAGAAACAAGUAGCAGUAAGAGACUUAUGAGUAAACAAACAUUAGAUGGCAUAAGAAUGACAUCCUAUGCUUUUAAACCUCUUGUUUCUUUUAUGCUAAAGGCUGGUGCAUCAUUUGUGAAUGCUAGAGUUUUCACCCAGGACCCAUUAGAGCAGCAUUUUAGCAAAGUUAGAGCAGGACAGGGUGGAAGUAACAACCCAAAUAUAUUUCAAGUGCUGAAUAGGAACCGUGCGCUCCACACAAUAGGUCAACUUGGAACGAGAAAAAGAAAAGGAAAUCACGGUGAAGAUAGUAAUCAAAUCGAAGUUACAACUGAACCACUCCCGAAAAGAAAAUAUGUGCGUGGGCCUAAGUUCUCUUAAAAAUGCUUGUGAAUGUGUUAAGAUAUUGUUUUGUUAGUAAAUUUGUCACAUUUUUAUGUAUUGUGUGUAUUUUGUACAGCAACUUUCAUGGAGGGAAGUGUGAGAAGGAAAUAGACAAUAUAAAACAUCUAUUUAA